CUUGCUCCUCUCUUCCAAUCUGUGGCCGUGGGCGGUUUCUCCUCCAAGCCGCUCCAUUUUAUCUCCUCUGAGCUCGCCAAACGGCGCGAGGGGGUUUGCUAUUCGCUCCUUUUGGGUCGGUUUUUCUUUCCUUUUACCUCUUGGCCCGCCCCCCCUCUUUUUCUUCCUUCCCCUUUUUCUCCUCUGACCCCCGCCAUGAAUGAGGAGUACGACGUGAUCGUGCUGGGCACCGGCCUCACGGAAUGCAUCCUUUCUGGGAUCAUGUCAGUAAAUGGAAAGAAGGUCCUUCACAUGGAUAGAAAUUCCUAUUAUGGAGGUGAAAGUGCAUCCAUUACACCAUUGGAAGAUUUAUACAAGAGGUUUAAUAUACCAGGAUCACCACCAGCCUCAAUGGGAAGGGGAAGAGAUUGGAAUGUGGACCUGAUUCCUAAAUUCCUUAUGGCCAAUGGUCAGUUGGUUAAGAUGCUGCUUUAUACAGAAGUCACUCGAUAUCUGGACUUCAAAGUGACCGAAGGAAGCUUUGUGUACAAAGGAGGGAAAAUCUACAAAGUUCCUUCCACUGAGGCAGAAGCCUUGGCAUCUAGUCUGAUGGGGCUGUUUGAGAAACGUCGGUUCAGGAAAUUCUUAGUAUAUGUUGCCAACUUUGACGAAAAAGACUCCAGAACUUUUGAGGGUAUUGAUCCUAGGAAGACUACAAUGCGAGAUGUGUACAAGAAGUUUGAUUUGGGCCAAGAUGUCAUAGAUUUCACUGGUCAUGCCCUUGCCCUUUACAGAACUGAUGACUAUUUAGAUCAACCAUGUUAUGAAACCAUCAACAGGAUUAAACUUUAUAGCGACUCUUUGGCAAGAUAUGGCAAGAGCCCAUAUCUUUAUCCACUUUAUGGCCUUGGAGAGCUGCCUCAAGGAUUUGCAAGGCUAAGUGCCAUUUAUGGAGGUACCUAUAUGUUGAACAAGCCAAUUGAAGAAAUCAUUGUAAAAGAUGGAAAAGUGAUUGGUGUAAAAUCUGAAGGAGAGAUUGCCCGUUGCAAGCAGCUCAUCUGUGACCCUAGUUAUGUAAAAGAUAGAGUAAAAAAAGUAGGCCAGGUGAUCAGAGUUAUCUGCAUCCUGAGCCACCCAAUUAAGAACACCAAUGAUGCCAAUUCGUGCCAGAUCAUCAUUCCGCAGAACCAGGUCAACCGGAAAUCAGAUAUCUACGUUUGCAUGAUUUCUUCUGCACACAAUGUGGCUGCACAAGGAAAGUAUAUUGCUAUCGUUAGUACUACUGUGGAAACCAAAGAACCUGAGAAGGAAAUCAGACCAGCAUUAGAGCUUUUGGAGCCAAUCGAACAGCAAUUUGUUAGCAUCAAUGAUCUGUAUAUUCCAACUGAUUUGGGAACAGAAAGCCAGAUCUUUAUUUCCCGUACUUAUGAUGCUACAACUCACUUUGAGACAACUUGUGACGAUAUUAAAGACAUCUACAAGAGGAUGAUGGGGUCUGAGUUUGACUUUGAAGAAAUGAAACGAAAGAAAAAUGACAUUUAUGGGGAAGACUAAUAGCAGUAAUAUGCUACUAUCCAAUUAGGAGAAAUUUAAAUUUCAGCUAAUACAGAGUUAUAUCAAGAACCUAAUGAACAUUAUAUGAAAUCAAUAUUGUAUGGCCUGCUUUUGUAAUCACUUCUUUGAGAUUGAAGAGUACUAUGCCCCUAAAUGUUCCCCUCUAUUCCCCCUUUUUAAUAUCAUUUAAUAUCAUGUAUUACUGUCUUUCUCCUGGGAUGACUGUCCAGAAGUGACAGAUUGCUAACAUUAUGUUCAAUUUCCCUGAGUGUGUGUGCGUGUGUGUAUGUCUGUGUGUUUUUUAAGGGAAAGCACAGUUUAAACAUACACUCACUGAGGCAGACAAAUAGAACUCGAUACAGUAUUUGUAUCUUUUAAUAGUAUAGCCUUUUCAAAUGUAUGCUUUUUGGGUUCAUGUUGAUUCUCUAAGUUCAUGUACUAUCUAUUCUCCUAACAUUAAGGAAACUUGAACACUCCAGUGUUGGACAGCAUCCCUCCAGGUUCCAUAACUCUUAGUUUUUGUUUCACGUCAAGUAUUAUGACGGUGCCCGGAUAUCAUAGCCAUUAGUCAUGGGCAUAGAUUUCUAACCCAGCUUUAGCUUUUGAAACUGUUUACAUAAUUUGGGAGGGGCGGAGGGGCCUGUGUGCCUAAGGGCUCCUUCGGUGUUUUAAUCUAAUAAAACUGAUGAAAAAAAAAAAAGUAAUAAUAGCAGGCAAGAUGUGAAAGUACCUUCUAUCCCCCUGGCUUUUUGGAUGGACCAAAUCACAAUGCAGUAUUAAUUUGACAGAGCCUCCAAGUCCGUGAUGUUUUAUAAAUGGCUCCAAAUGAUUUCUGUACUGCAAAGUAAAGCCAAACUGGAAACCA